GUCUGUGAAUUGAGAGGCGUGUCUAUAAAGUUUUUUCAAAAUCGCAGUGCUGCAGCAAUGGCGGCUCCCAUGUCCUGGAGGAGGCUGGUGUACUCCGUGUACUCACCGGCCAUAGCUGGGGUUUUUACCCGGAUAUCUGACCGGCUGUUCCGUGCACGGGACCGGCGAGGAGGGUCCUCCGUGCUCCUUCUUGCCCCUCUUCUGGCUGAAACCGACCCAGCCCCUCAUCGCGUCUCCAGGCCCACUGGCUCAGCCGGAGCCCAGCGAACAGAAGGUCUUUGCAGCCACUUCCGAUGGAUGGCAGAGCAUGUACCAGCCUUCCAGGUGCCAGGCUCCCACGUCCACAUUCUGACGUCACCUGACCAAUUCUACCAGGCAAUGAAGGCUCGCAUCAAGACUGCACAGAGGCGGGUGGUGAUGGCCUCCCUCUAUCUGGGAACCGGUCAGCUGGAGCAGGAGCUGGUAGACUGUAUGGAGGAAGCCCUCCAACGUUCCGAGGACAACAGCCAGUCUCCAGACCUGAAAGUGUCCGUAUUGCUUGACUACACGCGCGGAUCACGAGGAAAGAUUAACUCAAGGACCAUGCUGCUCCCUCUGCUGCAGCGCUUCACAUCUCAGAUGAGGGUAUCGCUGUACCACACUCCAGAUUUGAGGGGGCUGCUGCGGCUGCUGGUCCCCCAGCGCUUCAACGAGACCAUCGGAGUCCAGCACAUCAAAGUCUACCUGUUUGACGACAGCAUCAUCAUCAGUGGGGCCAACCUGAGCGACUCGUACUUCACCAACAGACAGGACCGGUACGUGCUGCUGGAGAACUGCAGGGAGGUCGCCGACUUCUUCUGCGACCUGGUGGAGGCCGUGGGAGACGUCUCCCUGCAGCUCCAGCCCGACGACUCGGUCACCAUGCUCGAGGGCAUGGUGCACCCGUACAAAGGCAACCGGCAAGACUUCUCGGCAGUGGCGAGGAAGCGGAUUAUGGAGGUUGUAAACUCGGCCCAUAUUAGGCAGCGGCUUCUGAACCAGUCGGAGGACUCUGAGGAUGAGGGGAUGAGCGAGGCGGAGGAGGACACCUGGGUGUUCCCCCUGGUGCAGAUGAAACCUCUUGGCAUCAGAGUGGAUGAGCAGGUCACACAGCGUCUGCUGACCGAUGCCGGAUCCGAGUCUACUGUGUUUCUCACAUCGGGUUACUUCAAUCUGACCCGGGCGUACAUGCGGCUGGUGCUCAAGGCUGGAGCCAGUUACCGUAUCCUCACCGCCUCCCCCGAGGUCAACGGAUUCUUUGGGGCCAAGGGCGUCGCUGGAGCGAUCCCUGCAGCGUACACUCACAUCGCCAGGCAGUUUUACAAACAGGUGUGCCAGGGGGGCCAGCAGGAGAGGGUACACCUGCAUGAGUACCACCGACCACAAUGGACCUUCCACGCCAAAGGUCUGUGGUAUUACCUCCAGGGGCAGGAUCGGCCUUGCCUCACUCUAAUUGGCUCCCCUAAUUUCGGUUACCGCUCGGUUCACCGUGACCUGGAGGCCCAGAUUGCCAUAGUAACGGAGAAUGAGGAGCUGCAGAGCCAGCUGCAGGAGGAGCAGGAGAUGUUGUACCGGCGCUCCACUGAAGUGUCCACCUCUACGUUCGAGCUGCCCGACCGCCACGUUAAACUGUGGGUGAAACUGGUCACGCCACUCAUCAAGAACUUCUUCUGAGAUUCAGGAGAAUCAGGCAGGCUGUUUUCCACACUCGUCCUUUCUCAACAUGUUGCACGAAGAAGGAUAAAGAUAUGCUUCAGAUCCGUUCACACAGCUGAAAACACUCAGUUUUCACAGAUUAGGCCGCUGACGGGUUAAAGACCACAUCGGGCUUUGUGUCCUCACGUGCACCUAUGAUGUGUAGGUCCAACGACUCUGCAUGUGUGAAAACUGUGUGCUGUCAGUCAUUUGUUGAAAGCUGUUUGUCUAGCCUCAUGAUUUAUAGGCCAUGAUAUGCGACUUCAAUCAACAGGAAGUCUGUGAUGAUUUAUUUUAUGUUUGCAUUUCUAAGAAAGCACGUGUGGGUCACAUUUGAGAAAUAUAUUUAUGCACUAGUGCUCUAUAUCAUUAUUAUUAAAGGUGAAGCACAUGCUGAGCAGUGCUGCUGGCAUAUGUGAAGCUCCUGUGUCAGAACCUUUGUUCUUUAAUGGGAUCACACAGCUCUGUUCCCGGAGCAAAGCAGCCUCAGUGACCCCAGCUACACAUUCACCUUCAGGUCCAGAAAACCAGAUUUAUCAUAUUUACUUAUUUGAAAAGUAAAUGUUCAUCCCAGAAUCUAAAAGCUGAAAUAUAAAAAUGCUGUUUUUUAAAAUGUUUUCUUUAAAAUAAAUUAUGGGUUUUAAAUUUUUUUUUUUUACCCUUUUCUUUGACUUUCAGGCAGACAAUAAAUAACCUGUUUAGAUCAGUUUGUUUGUGCUCGCUCCUGUUUUGUAUCCAUCUGGCAUUGUGAUCUGUGUACUUGUACUGCUUGUCUCCUCCUUUUUUUCCUGACAGAGGAAAAAACAAAACGCAGCCCUCCAACAAUGGCUUUGCCGGUUAAAAAGGAUAAAAAGUUCUUAUCAGCAGCGCAGGCUGUCUAUUGUUGGAAACUAGUGACAACAGGCUGGAGCCUCUCCAAACUACACGGGGUUAAAACGCAGCUGAUGUCCUCACAGCAUCACCCACUCUAAACCAGAAGUGGCGGAUUGAGAAGGACUCCUCUGCCCUCUAGUGGUGAAACUGAGAUUUCCUCAAUGCAGUGAACUGGCCCCACCGUGACCUUUUUACAGCCAUCUGUGGUGGAGCUGCAAGAUAUUUUCCAAGUUAAUUUUAUUUAGUCAGAGAAAUAUGACACAAAAACAACCAGAAAUAUGACCUUUAAAGCUAAAGAAAUGUAAACUAUCAAAAUCAGUUUGAACCUGAACUUCUGCCAGGUAAUCGUCUUAACAAGCUGGUGUGAUUAAAUGAAUUUAAGAUUUAAAAAAAAAAAAAAAAAAAA